CCAACAUGCAGCUCGCGAGGAUGAUCGGGACCAGGGUUUUAAAGGCCUGAAGAAUGUCAGUUUUGCCUUGAUCCGGGUCUACCAGAAUCGUGGGCAUGAACCCGCCAGGCCAUCCAGUGGCAUGGACCCACCAGACCAAUGUGGUAUGAACCCGCCAGGCCCUCAAUGGGCACUGAUCCACUAGUAGACCCUCGAUCCACUAAACCCUCGAUCCACUAGACCCUCCACAGGCAUAAGUCGACCACUGCCACGGUCAUGGAGCGUAGAUAAAAGCCUCGAACAUUUGUCUCUCAUUUCCUGCUCUCGCAAAGACUUGCGAAAUUCUGUCACAUUCGCACCAUUUCCCUUGCUACUGCAAUCUGCAAACGUAAAAUCGUUGCUACAAAACCUGUUGUCUUCGCGUCCAAGAAAGAUGUCUGAACUAGAUUCGACGAGACCAGCCAUACAGUUAUGUCUCGAUCACCUUGACAGGUUAGAAGGACUUGUCCGCGGGGAAAUUCAGGAGACCCGCAGGCGCUUUUUCAAGCUUCUCGACAACUCCCUGUCAGAUGUCGCGACGGGGCAUUCGUACGGAUACGAUAGUACCGUCGACCCUCAUGCAGAAUUCUAUGAGCUCGAUGCUAUUAUCAACGGUGUGAUUUCAGCAUCGUUCGCGACCUUUCGAGACCGCUUCUUCGUGCAACAACCAGCACCCCAUAGCACAUCUUUCGGUGUCACAGGAGGGAUGUCAGAGGGUACCCAUCCUCCUCUUGGUCAACCUCUCCAAGGCCCAUUACCCGACGGCACCCACAGUACCGCCAACUAUUCGCCCGUUACUCAGCCUUUUGUACUUCAGCCUCAACACAGCACGUACUCUGAGGCCCCUUCGGUAUACCAGGACCCGCGUACUGUGCAAUCGCUGCCAGGGGGUGCGUAUCCUGUUGGUGAGGAUGCGGUACAGGUCCCAGCAGGUCCCACGGAGUCUGAGGUUGAGCAUGCCGGCUGGCUAGAGGGCGAUAUUGACAUGUGUGAUUCUAGUGGCUUACCCAAGGAUUUGUUAGUCGACGACUUCUGCAUCCCAUCAGAAGACCGCCUUCCCAUCGUACCCGACGUAGUCACUACAAGGAUCCGCCCCGCACGUGAUGGAUUCCAUCGUCAAAUAUUUGACCCAAAGGACAUUGCAUGUCUCAAUUCUCCUACGGCACGUCUCAAUGACGGGGUGAUCAAUGGUUGCGCUGCAAUCCUCUAUUCCCAGUUCAAAAUCCCAGCUGUGAACUGCGCUAUAUUAUCCACCUUCGACAUCACGCGCAUCCGAUCCAAUGAAGCUGACGACCGCAUCUGGCGCAACGCACGCUGGACUUCCUAUUGGGAGAAAGAUGUGUGGAUCCUCCCAAUCCAUCGAACAAAUGUCGUCGGCGGCCAUUGGGUGAUCUGUAUAAUCUAUUUGAAAACUAAAGAAAUGCAUAUGUUUGACAGUCUUGCUGAUGAGAAAUCUUGGGAACCGGAUGUAAAUGACAUCAUGACAUUAAUCGACCGGUACCUCACGAUAGCACGUCAACGACACAGCGACGUUCAGAUUGAUCUCGAGGGCUGGCAAGGUCGGAUGUUAAACGUUGCCCCAUGCCAGAGCAACGCUUACGAUUGUGGGCUGUGGAUAUUGGCAGCCAUGAUUGCUGUGUUGCGCGGCAGACAUUUUUCAAACCUUGACGAGACACAAAUGAGCAACUUGCGGCAAUAUCUCCUUAGUCUAAUCCUUUCCGUGCCCACAUGUACCUAACGCGAUUGUAUUACUGUUCUAUUGUAUAUAUCUAUAUCGAAUGUACUUGUCUUUGACCAAUGAAAUUACUUCCU